AUAAGAUAUUGACUGUCAUUUCAAAAAAAAAAAUUCUGAGACAUCAAAUAUUGAAGUCAUUUGAAACAACUUGGAGAUUGAAAUUCACUAAAACAACUAUGAGUGGUUGGGCUUCAUGAAAGCCCGGGUUCUGAACUAAAAAUAAUUUUUACAAAUUCAUAUUUGGAAUUCUCCAAAUUAGUAAUACAAAUUUCAAACCGAUAAAAUAUCAGAAAACACUUAUAUGGCAAAAAAGGGUGGAUAUGAUUCAUACCCAGGAGGUGGUUAUGACUAUGAUCCAGUAGAGGUACCUGCAGAAAACUAUGAUCGUCAAUUUGACCGAGUUCCUGAAGGAGUUAAAGAAUUUCUCACAUACUUCAGGGAUGCUAUUCGUAAGGGAAUGAUAUUUGAAAUCCAGAAUUAUUAUGAAAAUAUUUUCCCAAAAAUGACUGAAAAACAUUUUGAAAAUAGGCCCUGGCCUGAUGAAAGUGCUGUUGCUAGAUUUGUUGAAAGUGAUCCUGUUUUCCUCAUACUUUAUAAAGAACUGUACUACAGGCAUUUGUACGCAAGGAUGCAGAGUUCUUUGACUCUUGACCAAAGAUUCAAUUCGUUUUUCAAUUACUGCGAUUUAUUGAACUAUAUUUUAAGUGAAAAUAAACCAGUGGAUUUAGAAUUACCUGAUCAGUGGUUAUGGGAGCUCGUGGAUGAAUUUGUCUAUCAGUUUCAGUGUUUCUCUCAAUAUAGAGGCAGAUUACAAAAGAAAGACCCAAAUGAACUAUUACGACUGAAUGAAAAUAAUAAAGUAUGGAAUGUACUCUGUGUUUUAAAUGUUCUCCAUUCACUGGUGGAUAAAUCAAACAUAAAGAAACAAUUAGAAGUUUAUGCCAGCGGAGGAGACCCAGACUCAGUGGCUGGGAAAUUCGGCCGUCAUUCUCUGUAUAAAAUGUUGGGAUACUUCAGUCUUGUAGGCUUGUUAAGGUUGCAUUCUCAACUUGGAGAUUAUUAUCAAGCUAUUAAAGUACUUGAAAAUAUUGAAAUUCAUAAGAAGAGUCAGUAUUCUCACGUGCCGGCUUGCCAGAUAUCUACUUCUUAUUAUGUUGGUUUUGCUUACAUGAUGAUGAGAAGAUACUCUGAUGCCAUUAGGACCUUCAGCUCAAUUCUCUUGUAUAUCCAGAGAACUAAGCAGUUGUUCCAGACAAAGACUUACCAGAAUGAUCAGAUAAACAAACAAACUGAUCAGAUGUACAACCUGCUUGCCAUGUGCUUGGUCCUGCACCCACAGUGCAUCGAUGAGUCAAUCCAGCAAGCCCUACGCGAGAAAGGUUACCAUGAGAAGAUGUACAAGAUGCAGUAUGGUGACUUAACUGAAUUCGAGAACUGUUUCUUAUUCGCCUGUCCUAAAUUCCUUUCACCAUCGCCACCUCCAACUGAUGCUCUACCAGAUGAUUACACUAAGGAACCUAUGAGGCAUCAAACUCAGGUAUUCAUGGAUGAAGUGAAGCAGCAGAAGAUGCUUCCAACAAUCAGGAGUUAUUUGAAACUCUACACUACUCUUCCACUGAGCAAACUUGCUACCUUCAUGAGCCAUGCUUCGGGACAAGACCUCCCAAGUGAAAUUGCCGCUCUGAGAACCCACUUGCUUUGUUUUAAGCACAAAAUGAAGAAUAUUGUGUGGACCAAAGGAACCUCAGGGCUUGAAGGUUCUUUUCAAUCUGGAUCAGAGUUGGAUUUCUACAUCGAUGGUGAUAUGAUCCACAUCGCUGAUACGAAAGUGGCCAACAGGUUUGGCGAUUUCUUCAUUAGAAAAAUACUGAAGUUCCAAGAACUCAACAGGAAGUUACAUUCCAUCAAGAUAUAAUAGUAUUAUAUAAUCUCUGGAUAAAUUAUGUUGUCUAUUUUUGUUUCCUUGUUUCUAUGAUUUUUUUUAAUAUUAGAUUUAAAUUUUUAUACAAAAUUUACCGAGUAUAUAAAAUUUCAUUGUUAGCAAAACUGAAGUACCACUUCAUUAAUUUCACAAACUCAUAAUGUUAAUUGAUUGGCUAGAAAUCUAUUCAUGGGAUGGCAUCUCAAAAAACAUUAAUGAAUGAUAACAGAUUUUUUUUAAUGUGAGUGCAUUCCUUAUCCGCAUUCUUGAUGCUGCUCUAAUAAAUUAGCUACAAUAUAAAUUAUCAUAUGAUAUUUUUAUUAAUUGAUCAUUUUGAUAUUUUUAAUGCUGUAAUGAAGGAUGAAAUAUUUAUUAUUAGUCUUAACUGUUUUGAAGAAUAAAGGAAUAUUUAGUUAUUAUUUCUCAAUCGGGAUCUUAGAGAAAAUACCUUUCUUGGUAGAGUUGGAUUGACUGCCAUAUUCAAUUACGUUAUCUAUUCAUUCUAUGAUAUUUUUUUCCCAUAGUUUUUAUUAAUAUACUGUGUUAUUAUAUAAAAAAUUAUAUCAUCCUGGAAUUUAUAACAAUUAUUUUUUUAAUGAAUAUUGGAAUCUAGGAACAUUGCUUAUAGGAAAUUUUCAAUUGAAAAUAAUUUUUUUAUGAAUUUCGUCAUUUGUAAAAUCCAAAUAAAUAAAAGCUCAAACAUUAAAAUAUAUUUUUUAAUUUAUUUCAAAAAGUGAUCAUUGG